UUGUAGGUGAGGCCUCGGCCUCGGCGGUGCAGGCCCACGGCUUCUAGCUGCUCCGUGGCCGCCUCGGUCGAGGGCCGGUGCGGGACCCGGGAACAGCCGGGAGCGCGUUCCGUGGCCUUCGGAGCAGCGGCGUGAGGACCAGCAGAGAGAAGAGAUUCCAUCUUCCAGAGACAUGAAGCUGUUAACAUCUCAGGAACUGAAAUGUCCAAACAAAUCCAGAAGGGGAUACAGCGAGGUGCAGAACCGUUAAUUGCUCUUGGGAACAGAAGGCCUUACCUUAGUAUCAUUUUAGUAGGAGAUAACUCAGCAAGCCACAUGUAUGUCAGGAAUAAGGUAAGAGCUGCCUCUGCUGGAGGUAUCUGUAGCGAACUCAUUCUAACACCCAGGGAUGUUUCUCAGGAAGAACUUUUGGAUAUAACUGAUCAAUUGAACAUGGACCCAAGAGUUAGUGGCAUAUUAGUUCAGUUACCACUUCCAAAUCAUGUGGGUGAGAGAACACUAUGCAAUGGAAUUGCCCCGGAAAAAGAUGUUGAUGGAUUUCAUAUUAUCACUAUUGGAAGACUGUGCCUCGAUUAGCAUUCUUUGAUACCUGCUACUGCCAGUGCUGUCUGGGAAAUAAUAAAAAGAACAGGAAUUGAAACAUUUGGAAAAAAUGUGGUUGUGGCUGGAAGAUCCAAGAACGUGGGCAUGCCGGUUGCCAUGCUUCUGCAUACUGACGGAGAGCACAAGAGCCCUAGGGGUGAUGCAACAGUGACAAUAGCUCACAGAUACACUCCCAGAGAACGACUGAAGGCCCAUACUCAGCUAGCAGAUGUUGUCAUAGUGGCUGCAGGGAUUCCCAAGUUGAUUACAUCUGAUAUGGUUAAAGAAGGCACUGCAGUUGAUGUGGGUAUCAACUAUGUCCAAGAUCCUAUGACAGGAAAGACUAAAUUAGUUGGCGAUGUGGACUUUGAUGCAGCUGUGAAGAAGGCCAGCUUUAUCACUCCCUUCCCAGGAGGUGUGGGACCCAUGAUGGUGGCAAUGCUUCUGCAGAACACACUUCUGGCUGCUAAGAAUGUCAUGUAUUAG